AUGCCAGGCUCAGCGAAUUCCCUGGGAUCUCUCAGUUCUCCCUCGCCCUCACUCUCCCCACCUCCCGCCGAAUCCUCGAAGCAGCCAGAAGCAGCCAGCAACGGCCUCGGCACCGACUCGGACUUGUCUGAACUCACAGAAGAAGAACAAGAGACAGAAAAACAGAAAAGCAAGCAAAUUAAGGCUCAAAGAGGCUCCGGGCACUCUCAUCCACGAGUACGUCGCCCAACUACUCAUCAGCCACGGCGGGGCCGCAAGAAGCGUGGGGGAACGCUGGUCCCCCCUGCUAUGUGGGGGUGGGUUCCUAAAGCCGUUGAAGAGGAGGAAGAGGAGGAACUGGCUGGUCCGCCACGAGCCAUGGAAGAAGAGGAGGAUGACGAGGAUGCCUCUGGUGCUGGUCGCUCUUCUGGCCAUAGCCGAUCAGCGCACCCCGCCAGGCAGGACGAUGACGAUGACGAGGGUGAGCCCGAGAUUGAUGUUGUCCCUCGUGACGCCAACGACCCGGAAUCUGUUGAAGGUGACAACGACGCUACUGAGUCGGGCGACGAGGAACCCGUCUACCCCAAAUCCCAACGGAGCAGGCUGAUCCGCCGACCGACUGCUAGAAAACAAGACCCAGACGAUUCCGACUCGUCGGCUUAUUCUGCAAGCGGGGCAACGCCCAGGGACCCAGAGAACGACGACAGCGAUUCGGCUUCUGAGCACCAUGUAAAGCCGGACGAAAUAGAAAGCGAAGACGAGACUGAACCCGAAGGGCCCAAGGAGUCGCCGCUGGACGUAGCCAAUGCCAAAUCACCGGCGGGCGACGCGAAGAAACCAGUUGUGGCGAUACCAGCGGUGGAUGAUAGCAUGGAUAUCGACGCGACUGCUCCUCCUGUUCAUUCCGUAGCGCCCCUUGUAACUGCGGCCGCACCCUCGUCAAUAAUGGCCGGAUCUGCUGUUGUCGAUGCACCGUCACCCGUAUCUUCUGCAUCUUCUGCUGCCAAUUCGCCCGCCUCUUCCCGGUCACCUUCACCGGCCCCCCUUCCCCCUCAGUCACCACCAGACGAGCCCCAGGAGAACGACUCUCGCACAACGAAGGAUUCCAAGUCGCUACAGAAUGGGACUAAGGAACCAGAUGAAGGUACUCCCCCUCCAAAACACGUCCCUCCUCCUCUCGACCUGGCGAACAACAUCGCAGAAGUUGUUGAACAGGACGGUGAACCAGACUUGGAGCCAGACCCCGAUCCCGAUCGCUCUGCGGAAGAUAUAGAUGUCGAUGAAGCAUCACCCGACAACGAUCUGGAAGCAGAACUGGAAGCAGACCUACAACCUGCACACAGGGCGGAAGCAUUAGACGUAUUAGCGACGAUCGAACUCAAAUUCGCCUUGCUUCGGGAGCGAUUGUACGUAGAAAAGAUGGAAAGCCUGGCUUGGGAAGAGAGCCUCGUAAUGGAUGGGACCCAUCCGGAGCUCAUUCAUCUGCACGCUGAACUGUCGAGUCGGCGAGACAAGCGUAUAGAGCUUGCGACCCGUAAACGGCAAUUCGAAGUGACCAGCGUAACUAAACGUCGGAAAUUGGAUGAACAUGCAACCUGGUCCUGGUGGAAGUUCACCCGUGAUGCUCUGCAAACGGACAUGAUUUCGGAAACAAACCGUCGGCGUAGGAAGCUCGAACGCGAUCGUAAAGCGCUGGAAAGACCACAGCCAAUCCGAAGAAUGCCUCAGCCUAUUCAAGACCUGCCGCCAGCGCCUACUCUGCGACAGAUUGCAAAGUCCUUCCCUCAGCCACAUCGUCAGGAGGCCAAGCUCAACACUGUUGUUGGGAACCCGCUGUUCUACCCUGAAGUGACGUCACUUUCGACUGAUGAAGUUCACAGUGAUAUUGGGCUCAUAUAUCAACAUCGUCGGGCAACUCACGGUUUUGGGAUGGCUAUGAACGCUCCUCUACACGCCGCGUAUGAGCAAACUGAAGGCUUCGGUAUACCGUCGCCGUUUUCCCGCAUGCCCCCGAUGCCACCUUCUCAAACGCAGCAGGGAUUUCCCGAAGGGAGAGCGAUGCCCCCUCAUCCGAUAAAUAAUCAUCACCUUCAUCACCCUCAGUCGUUCACAGAUCAGGAAACUGGUCCGUCUAGUCAGCAUGGCCUACAUCCUGCAUACUUCGGACCAGCUCAGUCCAAUGGGGUUUAUGGGGGUCAAAAUAGUCGCCGAUCGAUAUCUCCUGUGAACUUAGCACCGAACGGGGGGAACCCAAAGCAGAAUGGAUCGUGGCCUGGCAUCCAUCCUGCUGCUGCUGGACCAAUGAAGGGCGGCGAAUGGGGAAACGAUAUGGGUCGACGCGACCCCACGUACAUGGAAGAUGACGACCGAAUACGAACUGGCCGUAGAGACCGGGACAAACGGGACAGGGAGAGAGACCAGGAGCUUGAUCGUUCUAAAGACCACUUCUUGGCUCAUCCCCAAGCAUCACAGAGUCGACAUCCCGGCGCACCGCCGCCUCCACCGCCGCAACCCGUACAACACGCUCAUCCGCAUCCGCAUCAGUCACACCACCAUAAUGGACCUCAUCACCAUCACCAUCACCACCACCAUAUAGUGCAUCAUCAUCAUAAUCCUUCUAAUCCUCCUUCCAUUAUAUCUAACGGUCCAGCUCUCAGUCCAAACCAUAUACCUGCAAGGGAUUUCGACACUGGACGCCCACAAUCGGGACCCAUCCUCCCAACGGAAGUCAUUAAUUUAUCGUCAACUCAACCUACGCCAUCCCACUGGAAGAACGACGACUCGUAUGCGGACUACCGUGACGGUCGCUCGAAAACCAGCGGUCGAGCGAUCCCAAGUCCUCAAAUUAUAGACGAACGCGAACGCGACCGCCAACUCGCGACACCUUUCGUGUUGAGCUCAUCUGCUGCCCAUCAACAGCAGGCUCACACCUCUCACACGCCGAAUAAUGGCAUGCGCUCACCUCGGGGAUCCUGGGCCAGUGAAGACCCAGGCCUGCGUCUCCCUCCUCCAUCCACUAGUACGAACGUCCAUGGCUACCCAGAUAAUAGUCCCCGCUCGCCUGGCUCGUCUCGACACCGCGCAGGCCCUUCUCAACCUAAUCGAGGGGUGCCAGCAAGCCAGAGCUCCCUCGGCCUGUCACCUCCACGAACGAGGUCUAUCCCAGAAAGUCCCUCUCUGACAUCUAACCAUGCCUCGUCUCUGCAGUCGCCCCCACGAUUUGGUGCUCCGCCUUCUGGCCUUUCACCGAAUUUAAAGAUGCUUCGCCCGGGUUCCCCACCUUCUCUACCAUCAUCAAGUAAGAUCCACAGCUCAGCCUCCGGUGGCGCAAAUGCUGCACCCUCAGGAUCUUCCACAUAUUCACCGCGGCUGGUAGGGCCAGGACGUACGACAACACCUACCGGUGUUGAACCGAGGCAUGGCAGUGCACCCAGCAACGUCAACGUGUACAACAGCAGUCGAACGGCAUCCCCGUUAACGAGUGGGUUGCCAUAUCAUUCGCCAUCGAUGCAAGUGAGCAUGCCCACACCGUUGCCGUCGAGAUCAUCGGGUGGUAACAUCAACGGAAUACUCGGGGACAGAGAUCGAGAGCGUGACUGGGAACGCGAAAGGGAGAGAGAACGACGCCUCCCAUCGCCACGAUCCCCUAUGCUGGCCCCCACAAAAAUGCAAGUAGCGCAGAUAGUGGAUGGACACUGA